AUGUGGAUACAAACAUGGUGUGAAAAUGCUUAUCACCGUAGUAAUCGAGAGAAUCCUGAUUCAUCUAAUGAUCACUUCCAUCAUAUGCAAUCGAUUCCAUACAAUUAUCCUUCCACUCAUGAAAAUUUGAUACAAAAUGAUAAUCCUAAUAUAAUCAAUUCAUUCUCUUAUAAUAAUAAUUUUAUUAAUACUAGACUACCAAUAUCAUUUUUACAAAUUCCAACUUCAUGUAAUCAUGCGAACUCAACAAUGAUUGUGUCACAUUAUUCAUCAUCACCGGUUACUUUGGAUUACUGUAAUAAUGAAAAUACAAAUAAUAUAAUGAGUAACACACUAACGAAUUAUGUUACUCCAAAUGAAUCUAUAUCACUAAAUCCUAUUGGUAAUGAUAAUAAUAGUAGAAAUAUGAAUAAUAUUGAAGAUAAUAAUGAUUAUGUUGAUAUUCAGCAUCAAGACGGCAACAAGAUGAAUGAAAGAGAAAAUUUGCCUUUACCGAACCAUGACCUUGUACAAGAGCAUUCUGACCAGUGGGAUCGAACGAUAAAAAAUCCAUCUGAACAAAUGAAUAAUAUCAUGACAAAUACUAUCAGAGUAAAUAGUACAGAAAAUAAUCAAUUUUAUGAACAAUUAAAUCAACCAAAUAUAGAUACAAAAUCAGUUAAUUUUAAUAAUUGUCUUUGUAACCAAUCUGACAUGUAUGCGGAGAAAAUUAAUUCCAAUUAUUCUGAAACAUCUUCUUCAUUGUGUGAAUUUCAAUGUACUGAAAUACCAGAAAUAUCAAAUCAUUUAUUAGAAUCCACUGAAAAAUUUAUCAUCAUCAACAUCAUAACCAAUUUAAUGAUAAAACUAAUCGAUAUUGUAACAAUCAAAAUGUUCAACAUGAUUGGUCAAUAUUAA